CAUUAACGCUUAUACUUUGCACGAGACAAUAUACUAUUCAAGGAGUUUUUUAGUAAAAUAAAACGAGAAAACUAACAUAAAAAAGUUCGCUUAUCGAAUUGAAUAAAAAAAACAACUAUGGUGUACACCGGUUUCGAAAGCUACGGAUUACAAAAUGCUGGGGAAACUGAAUGGGUGCAAUAUGGCGAACCCAACGACUGGGAGCAGAGUCUGGCCGUUUAUGAUGGAGUGGAUUUCAUGAGCGGCGAUGAGCAGGAGAUGCCCUCCUUGAACCGGGUGAUGAGCCUCAUUGAUUACGACCUGGCCAUGAAGCAUCCACUGGAGCGCACUUGGACUCUUUGGCACUGGGAGAACGAUCGCACCAAGAGCUGGACCGAAAUGCUCAGCGAUGUGACCAGUUUCAAUACUGUGGAGGACUUCUUUAGUGUGUACUACUUUGUCAAGCCGCCAUCGGAUCUGAAGAUCUUCAACGACUAUAUGGUCUUUAAGGAAGGUGUACGUCCCAUGUGGGAGGAUGAUGUUAACAAGGAGGGCGGUCGUUGGAUUAUGCUCUUAGACAAGGCCUCCAAGGGCUUUAUAGAUAAGUUGUGGCACGAUUUGCUUUUGUGCAUGAUUGGGGAGUGCUUCCAAUUUUCUGAUGAGAUAUGUGGAGUGGUCAUCAACGUGCGCAAUAAGGCUAAUAAGUUGUCCCUUUGGACAAAGGAUUCGCGUAAUUCCCGUGCCAUCCUGUCCAUUGGCACCCAGAUGAAGGAGCUGCUGCAGCUGGGCGAACUGGAGCUCCAGUACCAGCUGCACACGGAUGCCAUGGUGCAGCAUGGACCCAACGUGCAUUCCAUAUACAAAUUGUAGACCCCCAAAUAGCCAAGGCCAUCGUAAAUGCCCAGUUCUUGGCCAGAAAUGAGCAUCUACGAUCGUACAACGCAUAUGCCAAAAACAUUUGUCAAAACUCACAUUUUAUCCACGCACCAAUGCUUUUUGAGAUGAACAGCGGUUGUCGCAUGAAUAAAGCAUUGCAUA